CGAGUAUUGAUUGAUUCUUUUUUUAAUUUGUAGGUAUCUUGACUGGCGGGACGGAUGAUGAAAAGUGAAUGGAUGUCGAAACAAGAUGUUAAAAAACGGUUGGAUAGUAUCUUCGGUGAGUAUUCUGCAUUCGUGGUUAGGCCAGAUGAUCAACAACAAUUUGUUCAACAGUCAAAAUUGUUGGAAAAUAACUAUAAAUCUAAUAAAAUUUGUAAAACUGAAAUUAUACGGGAUGAAAGACAAUCAAAUGUCGAUAACCAAACUCAAUCUAGUUCAAAUAUUAAUUCAAUGAUUGGACAACUUGUCAAUAUAUCCAAACCGUUAUCGCCUGUUACUUUUGCACAAAAUGAGUCUAAUCAACUUGUCAAUGGAUUUGAAGCAACAAAAGAGGAUGAAUUUUCUAAUAAAAGUGAAAAAUUUGGGCCAGAUUUGGAUACAAUAUUGGAACAAAUUUCUCGUGUUUCUCCUCUUCUGUCGCCAAUUGUCAAUAUUUCUGCUUCUUUAAAUGAAAAUAAUUCUGAUUCUUUGGAUAAUUUAAAACAAGAAAUUAAUGCUGCUAUUACCUCAAAAAGUGACCAAAAUGGAUCAAAAAAUAAUUUGAAGAGACCGAAUACGGACGAAGACACUUCUCAUAUACACAUCUCACCAAAACGUCAUAAAGAUUUGCAUGUAGAAGAACAACAAUAUUUUACUCAAAAAGUCAUUAAAAAAGAGAAUAAUUCUUCAAUUUAUUCGAUUAAACUUCGAAGCAUUUCUUUAAAUAAAUUGCUUAAUAAAUUUUAUCCUCAAAAAGAAUUGCAAGAAGAAAAUGAAUUACAACAAGAAAUUCAAUCUGAAAGAAGUUUGGAUUGUUCUACUGCUAAUGCUUCAACACCAACUACACAAAUUGAUGUUGAUCAAGCACAAAAUGAAAGAGGGGGGAAUGGUCGGCAGUCUGAUAAUAUGUCUGAUCAACCAACGAAUAUUUCUGAUUGUGACUUCAAGAUUGGAUUUCCAUCACCUGACGGAAAAUCACCACCUUUUGAUUUCUUUCAAAAAAAUGCUCGUGAUAUUCGAAAAAGAAGCGAUCAGGAGGGAGAUCGAAUUUUGAAGCUUCUUUUUUCCUUUGAAUCACUUGCAUAUUAUAUAAUGGCGUCCUCAACUUUAACUUCAAAAACAGAAAAAAUGCAUUCUUCAAUAGCAGAAAAUACUAAUUAUCUCAAUUCUUUUUGGAAUUCCUUCAAAAAACAAAAGAUCACAGAAUCAAAAUUCCUUACUUCAAUACGUACACGUCUAAAAUAUUUACAAAUGAUGAUUUCUGCUUGUUUGGCUUAUAAUUUGUAUUCAUUACGUUCUGGGCAAGCUCUAAAAACUUAUACAAUUCUUCAACAAUAUGAAAAAGAGAAUCCUGCAAUUAGCAGACGUCCUACAAGUAGAGGAGCUACAACAACAACAACUAAUAAUAAUAUUAAUGGAAUAAAUGAAAAUGGGGCAGCUUUAACAACAAAUGGUAUUGGUGGGGCAGCUACAUGUUCAACAACAACCCCUUCACCUGGCUCUUCUACUCCUAGCUCUUUUAAUUCUCAAACUACGGUAACAUUACCGUUAGAGGUGUACAAUAGCAUGUUUCAACAAAUUAAAAUUCUUAAUCAUUUAAUGUGGGCAGAUAAGUUGUGGAAUGAUGCGGAAUCUCAUGCUCCACAAGAAUGUAAAGAAUUUUUUGAACGGAUUACCAAUUUAUGUUGUGGAAUAAACCAAACCUCUGGAUUGUCUACUAUCGCUAAGUUUUUGCUAACUACCGUCCAAUGUUUGAAAAAAGAAUACGGGGAUAAGACUUGA